AUGUAUCAGAUCGGAAACAUCUAUGCGAUCACGGCCAUCGCCGUCAUCGGCGGAGGCCUCUUCGGCUUCGACAUCUCAUCAAUGAGCGCUGUGAUCGGCACCCAACAGUACCGAUGCUACUUCAACCAGAUGGGCGUCAACGAUGAAGGCAAGUGUGGUGGACCCAAAGCUGAUGUCCAAGGUGGCAUCACCGCAGCGAUGCCUGGCGGUAGUUUCGUGGGCGCUCUGAUCUCUGGCUUCCUCUCCGACAUCCUGGGUCGCAAGCGAUCCAUCCAGGUCGGCGCUGUCAUCUGGUGCAUUGGUUCUGCUAUCACAAGCGCAUCUCAGAAUAUUGGGAUGCUGGUUGUUGGAAGGUUCAUCAACGGUCUGUCUAUUGGCAUCUGCUCUGCUCAAGUGCCCGUGUACAUCGCAGAACUCGCACCGCCAUCAAAGCGUGGUCGAGUCGUAGGAGCGCAGCAAUGGGCGAUCACCUGGGGCAUCCUGAUCAUGUACUACAUGAGCUUCGGCUGCACCUACCUGGAUGGUCCGAAGGCCUUCCGCAUUCCAUGGGCGCUGCAGAUGAUCCCGGCCAUCAUUCUGUUCUUCGGUCUCUUCUUCAUGCCAGAGUCCCCCAGAUGGCUCGCCCGCAAGGACCGAUGGGAAGAGUGCCACAACGUCCUCGCUCUCGUACACGCCAAGGGCAACCGAGAGGCUCCGUAUGUGAUGCAUGAGCUCCAGGAAAUCCGUGAUAUGUGCGAGUUCGAGCGUCGCAAUGCUGAUGUUAGCUACCUGGAGCUCUUCAAGCCGCACAUGAUCAACCGUACGCAUAUUGGCGUCUUCACCCAGAUCUGGUCCCAGCUCACCGGCAUGAACGUAAUGAUGUACUACAUCGUGUAUGUCUUUGGCAUGGCUGGACUGACAGGCAACACCAACCUCAUCGCCUCCUCGAUUCAGUAUGUCAUCAAUGUCGGCAUGACUAUCUUCGCUCUUCUCUUCAUUGACCGAUGGGGUCGUCGAGUCCCGCUUCUUGUCGGUGCCACGCUGAUGGGAACCUGGAUGUUCGGUAAUGCUGGACUGCUAGCUUCGUACGGCAAACCUGCGCCUCCCGGUGGAAUCGAUGGUAUUGCAGAACAGAGCUGGCAGAUUUCUGGGGCUCCGGCUCGCGCGGUCAUUGCUUUCACAUACCUGUUCGUCGCCUCAUUUGCACCGACUUGGGGUCCGGUCAGCUGGAUCUACCCACCAGAGCUCUUUCCGCUGCGGGUGCGUGGCAAAGCUGUUGCUUUGACGACCUCAGCCAACUGGAUCUUCAAUUUUGCCUUGUCCUACUUCGUACCACCGGCAUUCGUCAACAUCAAGUGGAAGGCCUACCUCAUCUUCGGGUGCUUCAACGUCGCCAUGUUCGUUCACGUCUUCUUGUGCUUUCCUGAGACAUCCGGCAAGACUCUUGAGGAAGUUGAAGAGCUCUUUACCACGAAGGGGGUCAAGGCCUGGCAAACCAAGGUUCAAUAUCAAAAAAGCCGACGUGAAGAAGGUGGGGAGGUUGACAUGGAGAAGAAGCUCAGCUAUGCUCAGACACAGGAUAGCGCAGAGCAGACCACUGCUCAGCCGAAGACUGUCUGA